AUUACAGGCCUUGAACGUCUCCAACGAGAAUGUUAGCGUCUUGCUCACUGAGACGUGUUGUGUUCUCGGACCUAGGUGCUCUGCACGCUGAAAUAUACAUAAGUCCGAGGGCAAGCAGGUGAGAAAGCGUUAGGAGUAGACGAUGUGUGUAUAGAGGACGUCAACGGCAGGUUGGUGGAAGAUUUUGCAAACCCGAGUCUUGCUGCGGUCGCCUUGCUGUCAGCGUCAGCGAGGUCACGAACAGGAUAUCUGAGAUGCAUAAGCAGCGAUGCAUGGUUGUCCGCCAGGAGACGGAGCUGAAUGUAUGCGCUCGUCAAAGUAGCUAGUAGAAGAGUAUUGAGCCAAGGUCUUAUUUUGCGGGAAUUCCUAAAGGCAGGUGUCGACAAGCUGACAACGAUCCGCGCUACCGAGCAAUGGGAUACGGUGAGAGGGCAGGGUGCUGUGAGAAUGCAAGCCGGGCCGUGAAGAGGGCGAAUCAAUUAGAGCCUCCUAUCUGACAACGCGUCUCUUUAACACACAACACAUCCUUCCAAGAAGUGUAGAACGACGGAUAAAUCGUUGCAAAGGGUGUGUGUGUGGCCAUGAAACCCGACGAUGAGCCGGGACGUCGACAGGUGGAAGGUGCGGUGUGAGCUGUGGGCUGGUGGCGUGGUAAAUGGCUCGUGUGGAUCGGUGACGGAGGUCCUGGGCAAGCCAAGGGCAAACUAGACCGCACCGUCACUCCAUCCAAACUUUCCGCCAAGCUCGACCUCCCCGACGCGGACGUCGUUGAGCUCACUCUAGCUAGCUGCCAUCAACGAUGAGCAGGCCAGCGUCCGCCAGGGCACUGGCCCUUCCAACUCACCUCGUCGCUCUCUUGCUCGCCCUACAACUCCCUUUCCACGCUCUCGCUCAGCCCGCCGUCCUUCCGUUCUUCGACUGCUUUGCCGGAAACCAGUCUGCCAAGCUCUCCAUCGACACUGUCUACGCUCAGCUGAUCCAACAACAGCAACUCAAUCUCACCCUCGUCGGCUCAGCAGCAAAUCAAGUUGUCUGCCAAUCGAAUGACAGUCUCGCGACGCUCUUCACUGAAGCAACCACACUCACAUUCAACUCCUUCUCUAACAACUCCCCCUUCUCCGGCACCCUUCGACCUCCUUCACCACUGCCCUCCACUCUCAAUGGAUCCGCCGUCAAUGCAACCACCGGAUACUGCCCCCUGCCGGCCGGCCCCUUCGCACUCUCGGCCUCGAUCCCCUUCAACACGAAAAACUCGCUUACCACCAUGAACACCGAGCUGCGUGCAGUCGACCCAUCAGGCCAGGAAAUCCUAUGCAUGACUGUCGAUACCACACCACUAGCUCCAGGACCGCUGAACUCCCCGUACGGACAAGCCCACAUCGUCUUCUGGGCCACCGUCGGUCUCACGAUCGCCUACUGGCUGCUCGUCGGCAUCGCGCGGCUCACCUCGGCGUGGGGGCGAGGGAUCAGUCGCCCUGGGUCGUCGCUGUGGCAGCGCACGCGCAGUGCCGGCUUCGUCCUGCUGAGCGCGAUCAGUGGCGAGCGCCUCGCACAAUCACCUGCUUUGAUGCGGUUUUGCUCCCCGUCGAUGCGGGAUAUCAUCUUUCACACGCAGUGGGCCGCUGCACUAUCCAUGGUCGCUGUGCAGUGGCCGCCAUUUGUUUAUCCACUGCUGUCGCAGACUUCAUGGGCCUCACUAGCAUACAACAUCACAAUUGUAUCCGGAAACGUCAUCCACUGGAACCCGCUUACCGUACCUCAGUAUAAUCCACCCUCCAACUUUGCUGACCAGCUCAGUGAUUCCUCCUCGCCCCUCUACAUCAAUGCAUCUCUCCCCAACACCCUCUUCCUGCUCCCAAACAAUACGCUGCCUGGUAUUGAGUCCUUCGCAUGGAGCGUCGGCGUAGACCCACGAGAUUUAUUUGGGAUAUGUCUCGGUCUCUUCCUCGCCAUCGUCGGUGCGACCAUCCUGAUCAGCGCUGUGGUGUGGAGUAUCGACUGGAUCGCCGUCAAAGUAUUCGGUAUGGACAACUCGCCUGGGCUGCCCACGUCCAAGAUCGGUGGCGCGCGCAGCCCACGCUUCUCGACGGGCAGCAAGGACAUGCUUGACAACUUCACGUCCGUCGGGUUCGCCGACGAAGGCCACUCGGCGAGCUCCAACUACUUGCUCCGCUCGCCGCGCUCGCCAUACGGCCACCUGUAUCGGUUCACCCGCAAGUUCCACCUCGACGUUGGCUCGUUCCACGUCGCGAUGCUUGCCGGCAACCUCGUGCGCAUACUCGUGCUGUUCCAUCUGCCCAUUACGAUCUUUUCGUCGUACACGAUCGCGCUCGGCUCGUGGGAUGGUGUGGGGCGCUCGUCGGUGGUGCUCGCUGCGCUGGCGUUUGCGGUCUUCUCGGUGCUGCUCCCGCUGUUUCUCGAGUUCCGGGUGUACCGGACGCCGACGAACAAGCUGUACGAGGAGACGCGGACGCUCCUUGCACUCGGGCCAUUGUACAACCAUUAUCGGCAGGGCUCGCAGCUGUUCUCGUCGUUGCUGUUUUUGACGAACUUGGUUAUGGGUGUCACUAUUGGGGCGGGUCAGCACAGCGGGACGGCGCAGGCGAUUGUUAUUCUCGUCGUGGAGGUUGUUAGUGCGCUUGUGACGAGUGUUUGGUUGCCGUGGGGUCCUGGUGCGGGGAUGGGUCUUAUCAGCUUUUUGUUCUGUGUUGCUAGGAUUGUUAUGGCUGUGUUGCUCGUUAUUCUUACGCCAACGAUAUCAAUAGGAACAGGAGCAGGCGGAUGGGUAGCUUAUGGCAUCCUCGUCGUCCUAUGCCUGGUGUACCUCAGCUUCCUCCUCAUGCUGAUCGUCAAGCUCAUUGAGGCUACGGUCCGACUUAUUGGAAGAUCGCCUUUCUCCGCUUCCAAUCACCCCAUGGACACCGGCCUCAUCGGCGCAUGUAGCCUAGCAGGAUGCUGUGGCUCGCGCAGGAAGGAACGAGAACGCAGAAGAUACAGGGCGACCGAGAUCAAGCACAACACCGGACGCGGCUCGUACCCAGACUCAUCGUCGGGCGGCUACACGCCUCCGACCGCGGCCUUCCGUGACAUGCACAAGGACACCUCGAGCUCGCGCAACAUGUCUGGCGGGCCGCCAUCGUACCUGCGCCCCGAGCACGCCAUGCGGCCGUACAAGGAGGAGAGCGACGACGACGAGAACGGGCACAUUAUGGGCGCGUGGAACGCGUUCCCUGCGCUGGGAGCAGGAGCGGCCGCAGCGGGACCUGGGUACGAGCGCGCGCAGCUGCACGAGUCGCCGCCGACGACGCCGCCCGCGACCAAGUCGGGCUUUGCGCGUGUGGGUGGUGGGCGCGCGCACUUUGACUCGCCGUACGCUAUCGCGGGUGGCUCCGCUGCUGCUGCUGCUGCCGCCGGCAGGGCCGCUGCGAGCGACUCCAAGCUCACGUUCCCGCGGGCGAACAGGCAGUCUAAGUCGCCGAGCGAGUACACGGCGCCGCGGUUCCCGCACUACGACGACGAGGACGUUCCGACGCCGACGGCGUCGCUGAUGAAUGUUGCGCGUAUGCCGGCGUUUGCAGGGCCCGGGCAGGGUCUUCCGCCGGGCGCGAUGGUGCCGCACCACGUGCGGAAGAAGAGUCAGACGGCGAUCAUCGAGGAUGCGUCGGUGCUUAGCGCGGGCUCGGAGGCGCCGUCGUCGACCGUCGUGCAAUCGCCUGCCGCGGGAGGCGCGGCUGGGCGGAUGGGAGGAGGGGAUAGACGGACGAGACAUUCGCUCGAGGCGACGACGGAUACGGGGAUCAGCGCGGACACGGGCGAGGUGCAGCCGCGCCCGCAGAAGCGGAAUUGGCUGGACAAGGUUAUCAGGGGGAGGAGGCACAGCGAGGGGGAUGCGCUGGAUAGCUUCGCGCCGCCGGCGCCACCGCCGGUUGCUCAGGACAAGAGCCAGGGCAGCAGUGGGAGUGGCGGAGGCAAAGGACGCUCGUUUGUCGUUAUACGCGACAAGACACCGCAGUCUGCGCAGCGCGCGGCGCAUGCUGUCGCUGAACAGGCCCAGUCCCAGCCUUCCUUGUCGACGUCGUCGGUAGCGCAGGCUCAGGACGCCGAGCAAGGCGAGGGGCGGCAGUCGUUCGUCGUUCUCCGCGGACCCAACGCAAAUCCAUGAGCGGCUCGCAGUGCACAGACAGGCUCACCCAGCUUGUUUUCUUCCUUCUUACACAUUAUCGUUACUUACCAGUUCAACUUAUGAUUGUUUUGCUUUUGCCUUUGCCCUUUUGCAUCUUCCUACCUCACUAACGGACCAGACUACCCCUUGCACGUACCAUUAAUCAUGCACGCUCAUGUAUUACGACGUUAUACAUAUUCCCCUCCACCCUCCCGCUAUCUGCUAUGGAAUCCCCCCAGCCGCCGCCUCGCCUUCGUUUAGCUUAUGCUGAUAUUUCCGCUACUUUCGCUUACGUUCGUUUGCCUCGUGUCCCCGGCUGGAACGCCUGGAAAUUGACUGGCUGGCUGUUGACUGGCUGACUCAUGGACUGGAAUUGGAACUGGACUUUUUAUUGCUCGUGAUGUCAAUGAUGACUUGUAGACUCUUGUAUCGCUCCUCUCCCGGUACUGAGAAUGAGAAUAAC